AUGGUGGAUGUCAAGGACGAAACGAGUCAGAAGCUCAUUCUGACCAAGACGGGGCUCCUUCGAGUGUCCCAGGCGUGUGACCGAUGCCGAAUGAAGAAGAUCAAGUGUGAUGGUGCUACUCCAUGUAACAAGUGCUCUGCCAUUGGGUUCGAGUGUACCACGUCAGAUAAGCUUUCACGACGGGCGUUUCCAAAGGGGUAUACGGUGAAUUUGGAGAAUCGGGUCAAGGAGCUCGAGGACGAGGUGAACAGCUUGAGGGUGAAGUUGGGCCAGGACCCGGUGGAUGGGCUGGCGUCACAGACGGCGUCGCCAGUGCAACUGAAGGUCCAGCCCCAGCAGAAGGAGGCUCUGGUGAAGGAGGAAUCGGAUAAACAUGCUUACUCGGUGACAACGCUCAAACAGAAUAACAACACUAUCCAUAUCAAUAACCCAAUCGACCAGAUCUUCAACUUGGGCAAGAAGGGGAUCAUUAUUGGUAACGAUAACUUGAACUUUGAAUCGCAAUUCAACCACUUGCUUAUCAACUUGGGCUUGCCGUUUCUCAAAAUCACAAACUCCCACAACUACCUUCUUAACGACCCAGACUCAUACUUGUACCAUCCGUCAUACUCCAACUAUAACGAUUUCCACAAUAAGGACUUGGAUUUGAACUAUAACCCGCUUACGCUGGCCCACGAUGCGGCGCUCAACUCCCAGCUACCUAAAGAUGUGUAUGACCUUUUCAUUAAGCUCAUCAACAACUUCAAAAAGAUCUUCAACUCGAAGAAAGAGUUGGACCACCAGAUCAUCCAGUUCUUCUUGAACUAUAACACUUUUAUUCCCAUUUUCAACUAUAAAAAGUUUAUGGAGACCUACGACGCUUUCCAUACCAUGUACCCAUUCAUGUUCACAUACGACGAUGCUACCAUCAACGGGUUUAACCUUCUGACGUACGAUUAUCAUGUUGUCAACGAAUACUUGAUUCUUGUUAUUCAGAUUUACGCCAUGAUUUAUAUGAAUAAUCCGUCGUUGAACCUUAAUCUUUUGCUUAACCAUUCCCAUCCAAACUACUCGUACCGGUUCCGUAAGGAUUCGGAAAGCCUGUCGAUUAUUCGUUCCUUGUACGACUUUCUUCCGUACCUUAAUGUGUAUUGCGUGUCUGUGGAGCAAUUGCAGGUUUACUUGUUGUUCUUUUAUUAUUCGCUUUUAACGAAUAACAAGGAGAAGUCGCUUGUGCUUUCGUGUCUCAUCAACUCGUUCAUUGGUAUCCUUGGGAUUAAUUUGAACUCGAGAAACUUGUUCUUUAACGAUUUGAGUUUGAAUUUGCACGAAAGAAGAACCAGAGUCAAGAUUUUCUGGGGCUUCAAGGUCUUGCUUAAAUGCUUCAAUUUGAAGUUUGGAUUUAAACCUUCCAUCAACACCACUGUCAUUAAUCCAGUGACCAUUGAAAGAUACUUUAAGUUGACCCCAGAAAAGCUCAGUACUUUGCUUGAACCUCAGCCCGGAGAGGAGGUUGAUCCACUCUUCGAAACCUUGCUUAAGCCCAGUGUGGAGUUCUUGAACUUGAUGAAUAUCAUCAUUCCAUCCUCGUUUUCGCCAAACUAUUACCAGUACUUGAAGCAAGACAAACAAGUGAAUGACAAUCCUAACCAGAAAAAGAGCCAUCCAAACAACUUGGACUGGAUUUUAAAUGACGACGAUGGUGACGGUAAUGACGGUAACUUGAACUACAACUUCACCCAGUUCUUGACCAUCGACAAAAACCUCUCUAAUUGGAGGUACGCUCUUGAAGAGAAAAGACUCGAUCUCAUGCCUCUUCAUCUCCAAAUGGGGUUGCCUGUUCUUUCCAGUAUUGGCGAAGAUACACUCUAUCAUAGAGUGACGUUUGAUGGUGAUAACUCAAAGAAGCUUGGCUUAUCUGAAGAGGGAGUGGUGAACUACUUGAACGCUGGUAUUCCAGAUAUAAAGACCGCUCUGCAGCUUAUCAAGAUGCAGUUGAACUUCCAUUACCUCUUGAUUAGGUCGCUGAACUAUUUGAACUUUGUCAUUGACCGUGAACUUACCCAAGGAUACUAUGUCAAGAUUGCCAAUAUCUCCAGGGAAGUACUUGCCUACUUUAUUCUCAUUUUCGAGCACAUUGGUGAAUCUGCUGAACAGACUGAUUCUGGAUUUGGCGCAGGCGCAAACGAAUCGUCAGUUUACAACUCGUUCUUCAGUGAUCCUAAAAGAAUGGCAGCGGGAGUUAUGUCUCCAAGUCUUGGACUUGAUGUUGAUGAGGAUGGAUUUGUCAUUAAUGACUUCUCGGUUAAAAGAAGAAAGCUGUCUUUGGCACUGGGAAUGGCUGGAAGAAUUAAGAGAAAGGAAAUUCAAGCGUCUCCAUAUAACUCCAUGCUCAACGGUCUUUCACUUACGAUUAUCAACUUCAAGAAGUCAAUUGUACUCCAAAUGCUUUACCUUCUCAUUUGCACACUCAAGAUUGCAAAGAAGGGAGGUGUUAUGAGUGCCGAUACGAUCCGUGUGUUGAACCGAAGCAUCAGUCUUUUCAUUAAGAUCUUCAUCAACUACCAGCCCAACGCCAACAAGUACAUGAAAACGAAGAAAGUCAAGGAAGACGAUUUGUUCAAGCGUAUCAUCAACGACGAGCUUCGUGACGAAAUCUUGAAAGAUAAGCGUCUGGCAGAGGAUUCGGAUGAUGACGAUUUUGGUGAACACGAUAUCGACUGGGACGACGAAGAUAUGGAUGAAGAUCUCAAGUACCUCAAGGUUCUCAAGUAUGUCAAGUACAAGACAAACUUAUUAUUUGAAAAGUCACAACAGCAAAGAAGAAGAAAACAGGAAUUGGAAAAAGACCAACGAACCCUGCAACCACCACCACCGCCACAACCCCAGCAACAAAUGCAUCUGCUCUCGCAGCCUAUGGAACAACAGCAUUCUAACCUUCAACCAGGCUCUACUCCAGUGCAUGAUCCAACCAAGUCUUCCGUGCAGCUUCCUCCAAUCAUGCCAUUAAGCAUGGGAAUGUACCAAAACGCCCAGGGAGGGUCUUUACAAUACUCUGGACCCCUCUCCCCAACCAUUUAUGGCAGACAAAGCAGCAUUUCCAAAGCCAACGGACUCAAUAACAAUCUUUACCUUGGCGAAGGUGCUCUCAAAGAUAACGAAGUAAAAAACGAAGACGUUGCUAACGAUUUGAUGAACUUAAGGCACGGAAGGAGUUUUGGAGACCAAGGCGCAGGAUCAUCCUGA